CACACGGAGUAGAACUGGACGUAUCGAGGAAAUACUACCGUCAAUGUGAUUUCGGGAGCUUCCGGUAUGAACGAAUGGCGGUUUUGCCCGAUCUUUAUCUGUCGCUGGAACAGGAUAAUCAUAAAAAGCUACACAAAUUGCUAGUAGGUGGCGCGGAUGUCGACUAUCUAUUUGAGGACGACGGACGUUUGAGCGGAAAGUCCCUGCUCCAUCUUUGUUGUGAAAAGGGACGUGUAGAGUGCGCGAAACUUCUAAUAAGAAAUGGAGCUGACAUUAACAUCCGGGACAGAUGGGGACAGACCCCCUUAAUGCACUGUGUCAUUGCCAGGAACCUUAAUCUGGCAAAAUUUUUGUUGUCAUGGAAAAAGUCCUCUGUGAGGUGCCAGGACAAAUUCGGUAAAACUGCACUACAUUUUGGAGUAGAGGAAGGUUGUGAAGAGGCUGUCAAAUUGUUACUGUGGUACGGAAGUGACGUUAACGCUAGCACUAUGUGUGGAUUGACCCCUCUGAUUAAUCUUUGCUCUCAGCCACCGUACCCAAACCAAAUCACACUUCUGGACGUGCUACUCACAUCUGGGGCUGUUGUCAAUAUGAGGGACUUUCGAUGUAAAAGGUCAGCUCUUCAGGCAGCAGCGCUACAGAAGAACAUCAAGGUCGUAGAAAAGCUUCUGUCUUGGGGAGCUGACCCGAACUCUCUGGACAGGGCUGGUCGGAGCGCCUUGACUAACGUCAUCAGUGAGUGCCUAAGUGCCUACGAGAUAAACCGAGAAAUUGACCCUGACGUCAUGACGGUAAUCGUACAACUGACUCAGGCGGGUUCCGAUCUCAACAUCACCAAGUGUAAAUGUAGUAACCCGCUUAUAGUCUCAACGUUCCUCAAGGUGGAGCCACUGGUGCGAUUCUUUUUGGACAACGGCGCAUGUCCGGAUGUUACAUUAUUAUUACGGAAUUUCCAGUCUGGGAUGACGCCUCUUCUGGUGGCUGUCAACAAAGGAGACGCUGCCGUGACACGUGCUCUCAUCUCGCACGGGUGCCGAAUGGACGUACGUGGAAGGAUAACGCGCAGACCAGAUGAGGAAGUGUAUAUGGACCCAUUCGAGUUGGCGAUAGAGAACGCGUCCUGGGAUUUGGUGAAAUACAUGGUUUCGGCGGGUUACCACCCUUCUAACCUUGCUUAUCUGCGGUCAGGUAGUUCUUCAGUCGCCCUUCCCACAUCUCUCCGGAUCAAUAAGGAUAUGCUGGACUUCUUGAGGACGGCGGCCUCCCAACCCACAAGCCUGUUCCAAUCAACGGCACUGAUGAUAUGGCGCACACUUGGUUCAGAUUUACCCAACAAAGUUCGUCUAUUAUCUCUUCCAUCCUCUCUCAAAUGUUUGAUUAUGUCAGAGGCGUUUUUGUCAAAGUAUUAAUAAAUUAUUGUUGCUCUUUUGAAUUAUGCUGUUCAGGACAAACUUAUAUGUGGUUUUGUUUUUGACUGUUUGGCUGGGUCAAGACUCAUGAAACUUACGUAGCAGUCAAUACAAUAAAGCAAUUUCUUCGCCUUCGAUUCUAUUUCUAUUUUUGUAAAUCACCAUAUCUAACUUUGAACUGCAUUUCGAACGAAGAUUUCUUAGUAGAUUAUCAUGAUAAACUGUACUUAUUCAAACUAUGGAACUGUAACCUGGAAUGAGUUACGAAACAAACCUAGCAUUAGAACGAUAGUUAUGGACUGACUCGUUGUUUUUCGGUUCACUGUCUAUUCUCCUAUUGGCGAGAAGGAAAUUAUUCGCACGACAAAACUAGCGAAUUAUAUGUGGUAAAGUGUUUGUUACGCCAUCGUACAGCUCCCCCAAUAAGAACAUGUACAUGUCGACUAAAUCCACUGUAUCGCAUUGAACAUUUUUGAAGCACGAUAUGUCAACGACAUGUGCACACCCACUCAAAUUCUGCGUAGAGGAACACCACAAAAUGUACCAGCUGGUCGUUACAAAACAUUGAGAUUUAAAAUGGCGAUGCUUCCUAUAAAGCACGCACAUAUCUGUUGUGAUUUUAGAACGAUUUUGAUAAGAAUGAUUACAUUGUACUAGUAUUUCCCUGUGCAGACCCGUUUAUACAUUUUGAGAGCUGUUUAAUUUAGACAUAUGACUGUAGUAUCUUAAUCUCAAAACUCAAUCGUGGAGGUAGAAAAAAAUAAAGCAUCAGUCUUAUUUGAUGUAUCUGCAUAGAUUGUAUUUGGUUGGAACUGGAGACUGGAAAGUAGCCUAAGCUCGAGGAAACAUAAUUAUUUCAAUUGGUACUGUACUUGGCUACCGGUGAAAUGUUGUGCAGACAAAUUCCUUUCCACAGUGAUCAGUCAAAUAUUUUCAGACGAUUUUACAGUUUUGUUAUCCGAUAUUUGUUUGAUUUAUCUAAUGAGUCACUUCAUUCUGUAGUUGUUUCUAGUGCUUACGUUUGUUCAAUCAGACAAUUUUAUGUGAGUGGUACCGUUUCAAAAAUAGAAGCCAGACCUUAUCUUCUAUUCCUUCUAUUCUUUCAUAAGCUGAGUUUUUGUUUCAAUCUGACCUUUGUUAUAAGAUUUAAGUGUUCUUAAACCAACCUUUCUUCAUUCUGGUUAACAUUCACAGUAUUUCUAGGUUAAUGUUAAUGAUUGUUUUUAUAAUAUGUACAGAAAAUCAAUGCUCAUAAAAUAUUUUAACACACGUCGAUGAACUUUUCUCAUUACUUGAUAUCAAUGUACCUUUAAUUUAUUAUAUUUGUGCUUUACUAUAUGUUUUGAGUGUAUUGUCUGAGAAUGUGGCUUAAAUAUCUACACGGUGUUAAAAAGACACUAAAAACUAAAGUAAAGACGUACUAAAAAUUAAUUAUGAAACAUGCGUUCCGGUGGACAAUACCUCCACUACAUGUGACACCCUCCAUGAUAGGUUUAGGAUUACCUAAAAGGCAACAAUGCCUAGGUGACGUGUAUUUUACAAUCAUGUUCCAUCGAAUUGAAAAAUUGAAAUUAAAAUGAUGAUCACGUGACUGUAAAUAAUUACACUGUAACAAUCACCUUCCAGAUAUUAACUUCACAAUCAUUGAUGUGUGGUAUAAUGUUGUCCACCUACAGUUGUUUUAAAUGUCACGCCAUACAUCAAACAGAUAAUCACAGGUAAGGUGGGCAGACAUGAUAACCGGACAGGUGUAAUUCAAAUCACAUCGUUAACAGGUAGGGACUGAUAUUUACCUUGCCGUGCUUACACUUAAAUAUGGAGACUAUUUUUGACAUUCACUCCAGAUCCGAAAUAAGCUGAACAGGAUUAUCUGAAGCUGUUACAGCUGUCAUUCAGUUAAAACGUAAAGUAAGAGGACAUGUGUAUUUUGGGUAAUGUAUAUGGUCGUUAAAUCGGUUUCAUUGUCUUAAUAAAUUAUUUCUCCCACCUCUAUAUGUACAUGAUUGUGAAAGAUACGCCUAUGUCUUUUGAAUGACUCAUGUACUUUAGGUGUGACUUCAAAGAGCACAAUCAGGUAUGGCAUGGCACUUCAAUGGAAUAAUCAGUCUUUAUUAUUGGAUGCAUAUGAACCCUGAAAAACGCAAUCUCAUUACGAAAAUAAAAUUUUGAUUACUAAUGGUGAAUAAUUUUGAUUCUUGGUCACUUUGUAUACUAUGGGUAUUCUGAAUUAACGAAUAUAUUCUGCGUUAAUUUCAAUGUGAUUGCGAGAGAACCAUUGUUUGUUGAA